AUGCGGUGGUGUCCGUCCCUCCUGCUAUUCGGCUUCUUGGCCGCUGUCAAUGCAUUGAGCAGUUCGGGCAAUCGACUGCUUGUGGUUUUGGAAGAAGCUACAGAGAAGGCCCUAUAUUCAACGCUAUGGGGUGAUCUAGAGUCUCGAGGGUAUAACCUGAUCUUCGAAUCACCCAAAAGCGACAAGCUUUCCUUGUUCGACCUGGGGGAGAGAGCCUACGACCAUGUCCUCCUUCUCCCUCCCAAAUCCAAAGGUUUCGGUCCUUCGUUAAGCCCUAAGAACCUCGUCGACUUCCUCAACAAAGAUGGAAACAUCCUCCUCGCGCUCUCCGGCACGUCCACAACACCCAGUGCCGUCAGCUCGCUCCUCCUGGAAUUCGACCUCCACCUAUCCACCGACCGUUCCUCCGUCGCCGUUGACCACUUCAACUACGACACGCUUUCCGCUUCCGAAAAGCACGAUGUCCUCCUUCUCGAGCGCCCUGGCAAGCUAAGACCAGACACCAAGGAUUUCUUUGGAGGCAAGGGUGUUCUCGCUCUUCCAAACUCCAGCCCUCACACGCUCGGUGACAACUCCCUGCUUGCACCUAUUCUGCGAGCUCCCGUCACAGCCUACAGCUACAACCCGAAGGAGGAAGUGGGUUCAGUUGAAGAGGUCUUUGCUACCGGUUCCCAAUUGGCACUGGCGUCAACCAUGCAGGCCAGGAACUCCGCCCGCUUCACACUGUUAGGUUCCGUGGAGAGUCUCCAGGAUAAGUGGUUCUCCGCAACCGUAAAGGCACCGGGUGGUAAAGACGCUGAGACGGCCAACCGAGAGUUCGCCAAGCAAUUGACUGCGUGGACAUUCAAGGAAACUGGUGUUCUCAAAGUUGGUAACAUUGAGCACCACCUUGCCAAGGACGAUCUCACACCAGAGGACCUGAACCCUAGCAUCUACCGGAUCAAGAACGAAACCGUUUUCUCGAUUGAGAUUUCGGAAUAUAGCUAUGAUGGGUUCGUCCCCUUCGAGGUCCCUGCCAACGACGAGCUCCAACUCGAAUUCACCAUGCUAUCCCCUUUCCACCGUCUCAACCUCCAGCCUAUCAAGACAACAGAAAACAGCACCACCUUUGGCACCCAGUUCACGGUUCCCGACCAACACGGGAUCUUCUCCUUCCGCGUAAAUUACAAGCGUCCGUUCCUCACCAGCAUUGAAGAGAAACACGAAGUCACCGUCCGCCACUACGCGCACAACGAGUAUCCCCGCAGUUGGAAGAUUAGCGGAGGUUGGGUCUGGAUUGCUGGUCUUUGGUCUGUUAUCGCAGGGUUCUUGGCCUUCGUGAUCAUCUGGCUCUACUCAGCGCCUACUUCCGCUGCUGCGGUGAAGAGCAAGAAGACGCAGUAG